AUGGGAGAGAAGAUUGCACUCUGGGGCUUUGGAUUAAUGAAUAAAGUUAUGCUAAAAUAUCUAAUUGAAAGUGACUACCAAAUAGCCACUGUUAUUGAUAACCACAACCAUGGCAAAGACGCUGGUGAAAUCGCAGGUAUGGAACAAUUAGGUGUGAAUAUUAUUAGCCGCGAAGAAGCAGAUGAUGUUCUCUAAGAGACUCGACCUAUCGCUUGUAUUGUUUCAACAAAGUCUAAACUUUCUCAAAUCAUGGAUUCGCUAAAAAUUUUAGCCAAAAAUAGAGUGAAUGUACUUACUAUUAAUGAAGAAGCUUUUUAUUCUUGGAAUAUCCAACCUUAACUGACAUAUGAAAUUGAUACGAUGUUUAGAUAGAAUUUAGUAACCUUUACUGGAACAGGAUAUUAUGAUCUUCUUGGAUGCUACUUUGGAUCUACAUUAGUUGGCAUAUCUCACAAGGUUGAUAAGCUCAUAGUAAGAAUCUAAUAUAACUUCGAUGAUUAUGGAGUUGGUGAUAAUGGCAUUGGACUCACUAUGGAGGAGUUUGAUGAAAAAUUUGUUAGAACUGAGAGAGAACCUACAUACUUUUGGCCUCCAGUCGAAGCACUAGCAAUCAGAUUAGGAUGGAAAGUUUUAAGCAUCUCUUAGAAACAUGAACCGACCUUGGCUCCUAUUGAUAUUUAAUCUAAGUAAUAUGGCUUUAUUCCUUAAGGUAGAGCCACUGGAUUCAAGGCCAUAGUUUAUUGCUAAUUGCUAAGAUAGGAUGGUAAGGUAGCAGAAAUCGAAGCACAAUCUAUUGGAUGUAUUUAUCAUGGAGAAAUGGAAGAUUACUGUGAGUGGGAAACGGUAGGAGUACCUUCACUAACACUUAAAAUGCCCAAACCUGAUACAACUGCAAUAACUUGUGCGUCUACUGUGAACAGGAUAAAAGAUUGCAUAAAAGCAAAACCAGGUGUUGUUACUGUAGUAGAGAUGGGACCUAUUUCCUGA